ACUGCAUCCCUAGACUACUCACCUUAUGAAUGUUACCCUGUUUUAGUAUAGACCACUCACAAGUGUUCAUAGAAAUGUACUUGCAUGUGGUGCAAUGUUUCAUUCCACCUAUGAAAUAACAUUUAGCAACAGUUACUGAGUUGCAUAAGUGAAGUAGACUCGGAUCUUCAGAAAAUCUGAAACUGGGGAAAAGGCUGAAUUCAUUCAUUCAUCUGCAAAUUUUGUUCCUAAUAUAUUCUUACUUGCCUUUAUCCAAAUCAGCCUAUAGAUACUUUGCUAUUGAUUCACCUAAUGAGUGCAGACUGUAAAGCACCUGGUUAAAUGUUGUUCAAGACAAUCCCAAGCUAAUUGCGCUUUGAUCAACAACGGGGUUAUGCGACUCAUUUGUAUUAUUUGCCAGAAUCACUGAAAUUAGUAAACUUUUUAAUACAUAUUAAUGUGUUAAAAAUCACAUUGUACUUUUGUGUUUGAGUUCAGUGCCCCUGAUAAAGAAAUUAAGAAUUAAAGAGGGUGAAUUUGACUCAAGGUUCCAGACCUAUGAUAUGACUUAUGUUUUUGAUAAACCUACUUUACAAUCAUGUUCUAAAUAAAGUACAGCUAGCUUAGUAUAAGUUCAAAUAAUAUUGUGGACCUGUCACUUUCAAUUGCAAUUUUGUACGUACUUUACUAAUUUCAUCAUGUAAAACUACAUGAACACGAGCUCCUGUUCUAACACAACUUUUGGCCUUUCUAUCGCUCAAACUACUAUUCCCACAAUCCCUUUCAGGAAUGACAUUUGACGUAAUCGAAAACAUCAUGGUGGUCUAGUGUGUGUGCAUGGUGCUAAACUUGGAUUAAAACGUCGACAGCAUAGAAUAUAUGUCGGAAAAAUGAUCAUUUAAUCAUGAGCUUCUCUCUGUAGUAGGACAAAAUGCUUCGCAGAUCCAGGAUCAGUGUUCGGCCCAACGUCAGGCCAGCAGGCAGAGGCCCAGCUCCAGCCUCCUCCCAGGACACUCCUCCACCUUCCCAGGAGGCUCCAGCUGCAGGCUCCGAGGACCCUCCCCAGGCAGGGGGCCAGUGCGUGAAGGACACCACCACAACUGCAGCGCCAGAAGCCUCCACAGAGUCCACCACACCCAGAGAGGAUGGAAAAGACCCAAAUGGCGAAGCUUCCAGCGGCACCCCCUCUGCCGGUCUUCAAAGGAGGAAGCGGUUCUCUGUCAUGCCAAACCUCGCCAAACCCCGGGUGGCAGCCACCCCAGCCCUCACCCGCUCCUCCCCCAGGACCCCCAAGUCCCCUGUGAGAGCAGGCACUGAGACCCCAGCCCCAACCCCUGAGGCUCCAGAGGCCCCCAGCCAGCCAGAUUCUGGACCCCCACAGGGCAUGAGAUCCCCAAGGCGGAGGCUCUCUGGAGGUAGUAAGCAGGCCAAAGGACAGCCCAAACCCAGCCCCCUGUCCCCAGCUUCCCCAGGCCCUGAGACAACAACAACCUCUCUGGGGAAGGUAGCAGUGGAGGACUCAUCCUCGUCACAACAGACCCCACAGGCAGCAGGCAAAGAGGCAACAUUCUCACAAGUACCCAAACAAGACAAAGGAGGCAUCCAAUCAGAGCUCCUGAAAAAAACACCAAGCAUUAAAGUUCCAUCCACUCCGUCAGAGAUGGUCCCAUCAUCCUCCCUUCCAGACAAAGAGGGUAUCUCAGUAUCAGAGAGAGCUAAGACUCUACUCGCCAGGUCUGUGUCUGGUGGACUCACCGGGCUGGUACCAGGGAAGUCCAGGCUUAGCAGGUUCCUGAAUGACCCAACAGACCUACAGAGGCUGGCUAAGGCCCGGAAGCUCAGAGAGUUGUUGAGACAGGAGAUGAACAAGGAGAAGAAACGGAGCAAAGCCAAGGUGUGUGUGAAGGAAUACACACUAGAUCCCUCUAAAAUGACCAUGCGAGAUCUCAUCUACUACCUGCCUGAUAGCAACCCCAUGACGUCCUAUCUGGUAGAGGACCAGAGGGAGAACGAGACUGUCCUCCCGCUCACCCCACCAAGAGAAGAGUCACCUGAAAGACCCCCAACACCGGAAGCCACAGCUGAGACAGCCAGCCAGAGAGAUGAAGAUGAAGAUGAGGAUGAGGCUGACGAUGGGGUAAUGGUCCCGCGGGUGAAGGUGGCAGAAGAUGGCUCUCUGAUCAUCGAUGAGGAGAGUUUGACGGUGGAGGUCUUGAGGCAGAAAGGGCCCAACCCAGCUGAUGAUCGAGACCCCAUCUUUGAGCGUGGCUCCACAACCACCUACUCCAGCUUCAGAAAGGGGACACAUGUCAAGCCCUGGUCCAACAAAGAGACGGACAUGUUCUUCCUGGCCAUCAGUAUGGUGGGAACAGACUUCUCUAUGAUUGGACAGCUGUUCCCUCACCGCGGUCGCACCGAGAUCAAGAACAAGUUCAAGAAAGAGGAGAGAGCAAACAGCUGGAGGAUAGACAAGGCCUUCAAGGAGAAACGCAGGCUGGAUCUGGAGUUCUUCACUAGCCUCCUGGAGAAGAUCUUGGCUGCAGAGGCAAAGAGGAACAAGAAGAACAAGUCCCCCACAGAGAAGAUAGUGAUCAAGAAAAAUAUCAAACAGAAAGAAAAGAAAGCAGCGAAGCAGCUGAGUGACGUGGAGGAGGAGGGGUCAGACGCGGAGAUGGAAACAGAGGAGGUGGAGGAGGGAGAGAAGGAGAACGAGAACGUCUCUAACGAAGGGACCACACUUGCCUCCGCUGCCACCCCUAAGAGAAAACGCAAAAGGAGGGAUAGAGGAGAGUCCUCCCCUGAAAAAGCAAAGGAUGGAAAGAAAAAGAAGGGAAACAUAAUAACAAGUGAUCAAGACGUUGUUUCCUCUGCUUCCUCAGAAGAGGCUGGUGUUCCUGAAGACACUGAGGCAGGGCCUCCUGAGAGUUCAAUGCAGGCAGAAGGGCCAGUGGAAGGAGCCAAGGGACCUGUGGUGAUCAAACCAGCCCAGUUGUCCCGUGGCCGAUCCCCGAGACCUCUUCCUAACCUGGGUAAGAAGUGGGGCCAGAGGGGCCCCAAGCCUAACGUUAAAGAUGGGGCCACACCUGCAGAGGAGAAGAACACUGAGGAAGGGCUGUCUAAAGAACAGGUUGAUAAAGAUGCGUCGCCUUUAGUCAGUCAAAAGGAGGAGAAGAAAGCUGGCAAACUCUCUUCAUCUGAGGGAGAGGAGGAAGAAGCCAACGAUAAACCCAUCAAACCCACCAGGUAUGGCAGAAUACCCCAAAAGAGACAGCUGCUGAAAUACCCUGCAAAGGAGGAUGGGGACUCGCCCUCAGACUCUGCCCCCACUCCUGCCUCAGACAGAUGCCCCUCCACUUCUUCCUCCACCAAGCCCAAAUCCAAACCAGCAACCAGGAGGGCCAAAAUCAAACCUGGCCCCGCCCUGCCAGGUAGGAAGGGCCAAUCAGCGGCUAGGAAAUCCAAGCUGGUCACCCUCAGGGCGUCCCAGUCUGAAGAUGAAGAUGAGGAAGAAGGAGCAUGGAGAGAGGAGGCGCAGGCCGAGGAGGACACCCACAAUCCCACAAUCCCAGAGGAGGAGAACCAGGCACCUGCGUUCAUUCCCAUGAGCCUUCGCUCGCCACAACCAGUCGCCACAGAGGUUGAGGAGACCAUGGAGGAGCUCGAUAUCUCCGUCAACGUGCCUGAUGUCCUGGGUAUUUCCCAUGACGCAUUCUGCCCUGACUCGUCAUGCGAGCGGGCACAGGGUGGUGAAAUGGGCACAGUGCCCUGUGAACAUCAGUUGGACCUGUUAGUAGACGUGAUAGACUUCCUGUCUCCAGAUAACAUGGAAGUAUCUGAGGAGAGCUACAACGAGGCAGCUAGAACCUUACUGGCCAUCGGCAACCUCACCCACCUGUCUCAGGCUGCUGAGGCCUUCACUGCAGGAGCAGAUGAUUUCAUCACUGAAGAAUGUUCCAAUGAGAACCAACUGUACCAGAUGACACCACAGCCCACUGACCAAUCACAAACUAGCACCAUUCCUUCUGAAUCUCUGACCCCUGACCUUAGGGUCACUGAGGCAUCACGAAUGGCUGAGGAUUCUGUACCUGUCACCACGACAACAGCCUCUAUACCAGUCUCCAAAAUAACAGCCUCUGUCAUAAUUACCAUGGCAACAGCCUCAGUUCCAGUCACCACGACAACAGCCUCUGCUCCAGUCACCUUGACAACAACGCCCUCUAUCCUAGUCACCACAUCAACAGCCUCUGUCCCAGUGCCUCAGAGCAGUGAUACACCCAUUCUAGAAACUCCACCCAUAGAGGAGGGGCCUCUCAGACAGAGGGAGGGGACUGAUAUUGGACACGCCUCUCAGGUGGAAUCAGAUUCUGAAGUGUCAGAGGGCUCAGAGCAGCAGACAACCUCACAGACGAGGAGGAGACACUUCCUAAGGUCAAACCCAAACCCAACCUGGGAAGGGCUGCUAGGACCACACAACCCAAACCCCAACAGACUACCACCACACUGUCAGAACCACCACAGAAUACAACCACACUCUCAGAACCGCCACAACCUACUGAGAAUAUUACCACACAACCCAAACCAACACAAACUACCACCACACUGUCAGAACCACUACCACAGCCUAUGCUGCAUAUCACCACAGAACCACCACUGCCAACUGAGAGUAUUACCACAGAGUCAGAAACACAGCCCAAACAGAGAACUACCACACACUCAAAAUCACAACCUACCACCACACACUCCAAGCCACAGCCCACCACAAAUAUCAUCCCACACUCAGAACCACAGCCCAUUCAGAAAACCAGAGUAGCGUA